ACUAAGGACUGGUUCUGCUGUGCCUUUUCCUGGACAGGCUGUGGGAGAUCAGAGCCAGCCAGAUCUGCUAUUCGGUGCCUGAAGAGACAGAAAACGACUAUAUCGUGUAGGGACAUCUCCAAUGAUCUGGGGCUGGAGCCCCGGGAGCUGGCGGAGCGCGGAGUCCGCAUCCUCUCCAGGAGUAGGACACAGAUUUUCAGAAGCAGCAGCUUGAUCACCGCGGACAGGAUAGACCGGGAGGAGCUCCGCGCUCGGAGCGCGCGGUGCCUGGUGAACUUUGAAGUCCAGGUGGAAGACAGUAAAACAUUACGGAAUAAAAAAAAAAAAAAAAAACAUUACGGAAUAGAAGUAGAAGUGACUGCUAUAAACGACAGUGCGCCACAAUUCCAGGGAGAACUGGAAAUGAAAAUUAAUGAAAUCACUGUGCGUGGAACACAUCCCCUCCCCGAGGCUGUUGACCCGGAUGUGGGCAUGAAUUCCUUAUAGAGCUACCAGUUCAGCCCCAAUCGCCACUUCUCCCUGGACGUGCAAACUGGAGAGGAUGGAACUCUACACCCAGAGCUGGUACUGGAGUAGGCCCUGGACCGCGAGGAAGAGGCUGUUCACCACCUGGUCCUCAGCGCCGCUGACGGUGGUGACCCGCGUUGCUCCAUCCAACACCGUGCACAUCCACGUGAAGGUGUUGGCUACAAACGACAAUGCCCCGGUUUUUACUCUACCGAUUUACCGAAAGUUCCAGAGAACGUGCCCCCGGGCUGCUUGCUGUGAGCGCCAGCGACCCAGAUGAGGGAGCCAACGGAGAAGUGGUCUACAGAUUCUGGAAAAUUAGUGAAAAACAAUCUCCGUUAUUCCAGAUUAAUGAAAAUACUGGGGAAAUAUCAACAGCAGGGGAUCUAGACUAUGAAGAAUGUGCAUUUUAUUUUUUAAAAAAAUACUUAUUUAUUCAUGAGAGACACAGAGAGAGAGACAGAGACAGAGAC